GUAAUGCGCAUGAUGUUCAACACCUUUUGGGUUAAUAAAAUAGUACUCCUUAUGUUACUGUUGUUGAUGUCGAGGGUUGUUUGAUAUACUAUGUUUUUUUCUUCCUUUACUCCUUCUACUACAAGGACCCCAACGCGGACGAUUUGGGCAUGCGCUAGCUAUACUCUCUAUAUAUUAUAUACCUUACGCUCUACUGUAUAUCACAGAAAUGGGAACAUCCUAAUUGUUUCCUGUCUCAAUCGAGAAUAUUCUAGUAUAUCGGAAGUGACGUGUUUACAAUGAAAACAGCACACGGUUGGAAAUCCGCUCAAACGAACAAUGAUAUAUCGGGAUGAAUUCAAUCAUAGACCAAUAUACAGUCAGUCUACUUUACACAACAAUAUUACUACAUGUAGUUUAGCCAAAAGGGGAAGUGAUGAUAUAGGCAUAUUCAGCUCGUUAUAUCAAUGCAAUUGUACAUGCUGUUAAUUUUGUGAGUAAUUUUCAGACGCAGAACACAUUGGUUACACAUGAGGACUAUACUUUUCUACGAUUGACAGUACGUCGAUGUGUUAGUUCAUAACGUCAUACACAAGAAGGGCUACAGCCAAAUAGAUGACGCACGUUUUGCAAAUUAGACAAAUCGUCGCUUCCGACGCUUCGUCAAAGUUUACUUCAAGCUUCGACUAUCAAACUGUUCAGAACAAACGAUUCUGCAAAUUAUCACGAAGUAGAAAUAUAUCGGGGUAUUUAGCCCAUACAUCACUUCCAAAUUGAUUGCGGUAGGUAGCGCUUAUUUUGGACAUCCUCAAAGUUGAUAUUUUAGGAACCAGAUAGCUCGAGAUAAAAUAAAAUACAAUGGCUUCAGGAAAAUCACCAGUGAUCGGGAUUGAUUUGGGGACAACAUGUUCCUGUGUAGGAGUCUUCCAGAAUGGGACGGUGGAGAUCAUUCCCAAUGACUAUGGAAACCGGACCACACCCAGUUGCGUUGCUUUCACAGACAGGGAGAUACUGAUUGGAGAGGAGGCCAAGAAUCAGAUGUCAAAGAAUCCCAAGAAUACAAUCUUCGAUGCCAAGCGUCUGAUUGGGCGACAAUUCAAUGACGAGGUUGUACAGUCAGGCAUGAAACACUGGCCCUUCACCGUCAUCAACACUGACGGCAAGCCGAUGCUGCAGGUAGAGCACAUUGGUGUAACCAAGACACUGUCUCCAGAAGAGGUCAGCUCCAUGGUUCUGACGAAGCUGAAGGAGACAGCAGAAGCCUACAUUGGCGAGAAGGUCACCGAUACCGUCAUCACUGUUCCUACUUACUUCAACGAUGCCCAGCGACAGGCGACCAAGGAGGCAGGGGUGAUCGCUGGCCUUAACGUCCUCAGGAUCAUCAACGAGCCCACCGCUGCCGCCCUCGCCUACGGUCUCGAUGAGAAGUCUGACGGCCGUGAACUGCAUGUUCUUGUUUUCGAUCUCGAUAGAAGUGAAUUCGACGUCUCACUCCUUGUCAUUGAAGAUGGGAUAUUCGAGGUACUGACGACGGCUGGAGACGCACAUUUCGGCGGAGAGGACUUCGAUAGCAGACUCGUCAACCAUCUCGUUGAGGAAUUCAAGAGCAGGAACAAGAUAGACUUGAUGACUAACUGCAAAGCACUACACCACCUUCGUAAAGCAGUGGAACGUGCAUCAAGCAGCACUCAUUGCUGUAUCGAAGUUGACUCUCUUUUCGAAGGCCUUGACUUCUACACUAGCAUUAGCAGAACAAAAUUCGAUGAGCUGUGUUCAGAUCUCUUUGAAAAGUGUUUGCAGCCGGUCCAAAGAGUAAUGCUGAAUGCCAAGAUCGAUAAGAAGAGGAUAGAUACAGUAAUCCUUGUUGGCGGAUCGACACGGAUCCCGAAGAUCCAGAAGCUUCUUCAAGAAUUCCUGGACGGAAAGGAAUUCAACAUGUCCAUAAACCCUGAAGAAGUUGUAGCCCACGGAGCCGCAUUGCACGCAGUUACUGUGUCCGAGAUACAAGUUUUUGCCUGUUUCCAUGUUGCUCCUCUGUCUCUUGGUAUCGAGACAGCGGCUGGUUCGAUGACAAGUAUCAUUGAUAGGAACACCAUGGUGCCAACCAGAGUAUCCCAGAGAUUCACUACCUACUCGGACAACCAACUAGGCGUCUCUAUACAGGUGUUUGAAGGAGAGCGGGCUAUGGUCAAGGACAACAAUCGCCUCGGCCAGUUUGAGUUGUCCGGGAUACCACCUGCUCCUCAUGGCGUCCCCAAGAUCGAAGUCACUUUCGACAUUAACGCCAAUGACAUAUUGACCGUCACUGCUAAGGAUUUGAUCACGGGCUGCAGCAAUGGAAUCACCAUCUCCAAUGAUAAGAGACUGUCCAAAGACGACAUCGAACGCAUGAUGAAGGAUGCUGAACGAUUCCAAGCCGAGGAUGAUGCCCAGCGCGAAGGCAUCGCCGCCAAGAAUUUUCUAGAGGUUGACACCCUCAACCUCAAUACCGCCGUCAGUGACUCCUCUACAGAGAAAUGGCUGGGCUCUGAUACAUUGUGUGAAAGCCCCUCUUAAUACAGAUUAGGAUAAAGGAAAAUCACGAUUUAUACUAAGUAUUUAACUUGUAAAUAGAAACUGACUCUUAUCGUUUAUUGUUCGUAAAUAUCCCUGUUACAGUGACUAUAAUUAUCUUUGCUAUAAUUAUUCAUAUUUAGUAACAAGGUAAAAAGAAAUCAGUAUCAAUAAUUGGUAUAAUAGGCAUAAAGAUGACAAGAACAUCUUCAUCGUGUAUGUUACACUGAUAUUUAACAAAAACGACAAGAAACAAAGCAAUUUACCUCCCAAAA